UGACACAAAAUCUUGUCAACUUUCGGAACAAACUCACCUAGUGUGUUCUGAAGUUCUUCAAAAAGCCGACUUAUACAAAUCAGUUGUGAUUGCUAGUGUCAAUUUUUCAAUUUCACUCGUCAUAAUAUUAUAACUGUCGUAAUAAAAACUUUAUAUAAUGGCUCGUAGAUAUGAUACGCGCACCACGAUUUUUUCUCCUGAAGGUCGUCUAUAUCAAGUGGAAUAUGCAAUGGAAGCUAUAAGCCAUGCAGGUACUUGUCUUGGCAUUUUAGCAACUGAUGGUAUUUUACUUGUAGCAGAAAGACGGAAUAUAAAUAAGCUACUGGAUGAAGUGUAUUAUUCUGAAAAGAUCUACAAACUCAAUGAUGAUAUUGUGUGUUCUGUUGCUGGCAUUACUUCUGAUGCUAAUGUAUUAACAAAUGAACUACGUUUAAUUGCACAACGUUAUUUGUUACAAUAUGGAGAACCUAUUCCUUGCGAACAACUUGUUUCUUGGCUUUGCGAUGUAAAACAAGCAUACACACAGUAUGGUGGAAAAAGGCCUUUUGGUGUUUCCAUUUUAUAUAUGGGAUGGGAUAAACAUUAUGGUUACCAAUUAUAUCAGUCAGAUCCAAGUGGAAAUUACGGUGGUUGGAAAGCAACUUGUAUUGGACAUAAUUCUGCCGCUGCAGUAUCAUCAUUGAAGCAGGAAUAUGAUAACAACAAUAUUACAUUAGAGGAAGCAAAAGCACUGGCUAUAAAAGUGCUAUCUAAGACAUUAGAUCUUAAUAAAUUGUCAGGAGACAAAGUGGAAAUGGUUACUUUAACAAGAGAAAAUAAUAAAACUAUUACAAGAAUUCUUCCCAUGAGUGAAGUUGAUGCUUUAAUUGCAGAACAUGAUCGUCUAGAAGCACUUGCUGAACAAGCUAAGAAAGAGAAACAGAAAUUAUAAAAACAAUUACAUUGUAUAGCUUGCAUUUUUUCACAUAUUUUCUUGUUUAAUAAUAGUGUUCUGAAAUUCUA